GCCAAUAUGAAAAAUGGUUGCCGAAGAAGAGGUCAAAGCUGUAAUAUAUCAGAUUAUUGUAGGGGCCAAAUUGUCCUUACAUCCAACCCCGGACAAAUCCAUUUGUAUAUAUGACGUCGAUUUCAGCAGCUCGCCUUCUCACUCUAAAAAGUUGUUGGUGAAAGCAGGCGACGCAGAAAAUUAUCAGAUUCCGCUUCUCUCUGGUGAGGAACAAUCAACGAUGGCAUCAGAUCCGAAAUCUCACACAUUCGAGGAGGUCGCGAAGCAUACUAAGACUAAGGACUGUUGGCUGAUUAUCAGCGGAAAGGUUUAUGAUGUGACCCCAUUUAUGGAGGAUCAUCCAGGAGGUGAUGAAGUUUUGCUAUCAGCCACUGGGAAAGACGCAACCAAUGACUUUGAAGAUGUUGGGCACAGCGAUUCUGCUCGGGAGAUGAUGGAUAAGUACUUGAUUGGGGAGAUAGACAUGGCAACGGUGCCCCUAAAACGAAGCUACACUGCUCCACAACAACCAUCGUACAAUCAAGACAAGACUCCCGAGUUUGUGAUCAAGAUCUUGCAGUUCCUCGUGCCUCUCCUGAUAUUGGGACUGGCAUUUGCUGUCCGACUCUACACCAAAGAGAAAUGAGGGCUUAGAAUAGCGCUUAUUUUUCCUAAUUGGUUGUCUCCGCCCUUCUAAGCUAGUAAAACUUGUUCUUGCUGAACUUAGAUGAGAUUACCUGGUUAGCCUGCUGUAUUGUUUUCUGUUCUUUGUGACGGUUUUGUGCUCAACUUCUCGAUUAAAUGUAGCAUUAUCUGCAUCUGUA